AUGGCCAUUCCAAUGCAGAAACUCAUUCCAGGCGUGAUUCCUGCGUACGCAUGCCCAGAGGGCACCAAAAUGCACAUUCUGAACUUGGGUACUUUGAAUGUCGAUGAAGGGUGGCUGCUCAAUGGCUCCAAUGGAGGCUCGGCGAGCAAUCCCAAUCCCGUCAACAAAAGAAGAGAUCUAAUGUUAAUUGCUGGAUUGAUUCACCACCCUGAGAUAGGUCUCAUCCUUUUCGAGUGUGGUGCUACGGAAGAUGUACAGACGGAAUGGGGAAAUGAGGCUACAGAUUUAUUUCCCCGCACUUCCUACAGCGAGCAGCAUCACCUGCCCGCGGCAAUCAAAAGUGCCGGAUAUGAAAUCAAAGAUGUGAAGGCCGUGAUUAUGGGGCAUUUGCAUUUAGACCACGCCGGUGGAUUAGACCAUUUUCGAAACACGGGAGUCCCGAUACAUGUUCAUGAGGAGGAAUUUAAGCACGCCUGCUGGGCAGCGGCAACCAAUUCUGAUAGUGGGCUAUAUUUACCACUACUUGAAGCUCGAUGGCACGUUAAACUGGCAGACAUUCAACGAUACCCAGUUAGACUUGUGUACAGGAAUUACUUUGUACCACUGCCCGGGACAUACCCAGGACUAUGCAUCAUGCAAGUCAAUCUUCCAAAUGAUGGAACAUUUAUUUGGACGACAGAUCAAUAUCAUGUGCGCGAGAACUUCGAGUUAAAUUGGGCUCAUGGAUGGCUUCUGCGCGAUUAUCGAAGCUGGCUCAGCAGUGGAAACUUCAUCCGGCGACUACAAAAAGCAUUUUCGGCGAAGCUCAUCUUCGGUCAUGACUAUUCUACGGCCGACGAGCUGAUCAAAAGCAAAAACUACUACAAUUGA